GCUACUGAGUUACACGAAAUACAGAUAACUCGCGCUGUUGUUCUCGACAAGCUUUUAAAGUUAAGCGCGGGAAAAUCCCCAGGGUGCGACGACAUUCGCCCAUCUGUGUUGAAAGAAUGUGCAAGUACCCUAAGUGGCCCACUCUGCAACCUCUUCCAACACUCCUUGGAUGAGCGAAAGCUCCCACGAGAGUGGAAACGGGCUAUCCUUUCUCCCAUCUUCAAAGGAGGAGACAGACAGAAUCCCAACUGUUAUAGACCCAUAGCACUUCUACCAGUAAUAUCAAAAGUAAUGGAAAGUGUGAUGGACGACCGUAUCAGAGAAUAUCUGGACACCAAGCGGGCACUCAGUGACGCUCAACAUGGCUUCCGGAAGGGUAGGUCCUGUGCCUCCAACCUCCUGACGGCCCAUGAUCACUGGACAGCAUGCUGGGAUCUCAAGGUCCCUGUCCACGUAAUUUUUCUGGACUUCGCCAAAGCCUUUGACACCGUCUCACACCAUAUCCUAAUACAUAAGAUAGCUGGGUUAGGUAUUCGCAGCCAGGUGCUAUCGUGGCUGCAGAACUACUUAGACAACAGGGAGUUCUGCACGAAAGUCAACAGGGUCUACUCAACUUGGAGAACAUCCUCAUCCGGUGUCUCACAAGGAGCAAUCUUGGGCCACUGUUGUUCCUACUGUUCGUAAAUGACUUGCCGCAACAUAUCAGCUCCCCGAUUCUCCUAUACGCUGAUGAUGUCAAGUUAUGGAGGGCAAUAACUUGCGAGGCGGAAUCUAUGGCAUUACAGAAGGACCUCAGAACACUAGAGGAAUGGGGAACUAAUAACGAACUGGCAUUUAAUCUGGAUAAGUGCCGGUCCAUGUUUUUCCGCACUCCUGAUCCCCAGAAAACAUCCUACUAUCUCUGUGGUUCACGUCUAUCCCAUACCACAGUAGAAAAAGACCUGGGUCUAACGGUGACGGAGAAACUGGACACCAGUUCCAAUUACCCAGGUGAUGUCUCAAAAGCAUAUGGGGUACUACACUUUGUGCGUAGACAACUGGGUGCCCUCACCCCAGAACUCUUUCUGAAGCUCUACAAGACUUACAUACGGCCCCACUUAGAGGUCCAUAACGUCUUCGCUCCACCACAGCUGAAAAGAGGCGCGAACUUACUGGAGAAAGUCCAGAGGCGAGCCACAAAAAGGGUUGUUGGAAUGCAACGAAAACCAUAUGAGGAUAGACUCAAAGACCUAGGUCUAUACUCCCUUAGCUAUCGAAGGAUACGUGGCGACUUAAUAAUGGCUUACAAAAUAAUGAGUAACCCAAGUCACCCAAACAGAGGAGUCCUACCGAGUGGCCACUACGGAGAUCCUCGAGGAAACCCCAAUAGAAUAGCACACCAGAGGUCAAAAACGCAUGUGCGUUCACAGUUCUUCUCCCUCCGAGUCUGUGGGUACUGGAACGCACUACCAGCAGAGGUGGUCUCCGCCCCAACUGUUGAAAGCUUCAAGAAGAGGCUAGACAGUCAUGCAGAGACUCACGGUCUACCCACGCAUAGCUGGAACACGAAGUGAUGUCAAGCCACCCCAACCAGUUUUCUUUCUAUUGUAACCAUUUAAGCCCUUUUCACCCCUUCCACUUGCCAUAAGUUAGCCUCACUUACCUAAGUUCUUCAUACCUUUGCACCCCUACUCACCUUACUUGGGUGUAAGUAGAUUACUCCAUUAGUUCACUUUUCCUCUUUUCUUUUACUCACACAAACACUUUCUAGGUUUUCUCUUCACUAUCCCCAACCCUCUCUAGCGACCAGUCCUAACAACUGUCUGGCAACUCGACAUCUGAAGAAGCCAACUGCACCACAGUCCAAGGCAAACAAACCAACACUUAACUUCCUGUUCUGUAAAUCAGAGCUAUAGCAGACGAGUGGCUGGACCUACUGCAUCGGAAUCCGCCAAAGAUCUGGAGCCGUUCCGCAAGACCAAGAAGCGAGCGCGAAGAAAUCAACUGGUUUACACAAGCUCGUUAAAAAGAUAUUGGAUCUAAAGUGGUUAUGACUUUUUCAUGCCUUUGAAAACCUAAGCUUGUUUUAUCUGGAACAAAUCUGAAGCUUAUUGCUAAACCUAGCGUUCCAGGUUAAGUUUGAUGCCUUACUACUUCACCGAGUUCUCAGGGUGUUUUCAUGAAGACGUUGAUCAGCGUUUUUUUAAGCGAGAAACACUAGUGUGGCCUUUUACUGUAUGUUACAAAUGACGUUCAUACACGUUCCUGGUAUUCCAUAGCACAAAAUAGUGGGGCUUUUGGAGUGAUCACUUGUCAGGCCAGUCUCCAGUGGCGUAGAUUUGUCACCAGUGUUAUUUAUUGCAACUCAAUCCAUCGGAUUGAUGACACAUAAACAACUUAAGUAAAUACUAGUGUUGUUCAAUCUUAUAGUGCUGUAGCGCAUGUAAUAUAGUUUGGGUUGAAUUGUCCUCGCCAGUAUCUGGUAAUAUGCAUGACAGGUCAGUCCUGACUUACGGAGAAAACUUUGAUGUAGUGUCUCUAGAGAUCCAUAUCUCGAUUCGACCGAAGGUUCUUUGUUGUCAGAACCGUUUACAUUUAACUCUGAUGACAUAAAUUUGCUGUCCUCCUACCCUCCAGGGAGUAGUGACCAAGCUGUGCUGUCCACCAUGUUUAGUUUGUGGUCCAAAUCCAGGCUUAACUUUGUCCGAAUGUUUGGCGUGCGAAAAUUUAGCUAUUCAGGUGCGUGCAACAUUUGUGAACUGGUCAGUUAAUCCUGACUCGUCGAUUGAUGGUAAAUGGAUCAAGAAUGCAAUGAAGUUCGAAGCAUUUACAUCUUCAGUCAGUAAAUCACUUGUGGUUAACCAAAGUUUGAACACUCCUACAAUGUACACCGAAUCCUAUGUCUGGCUCGCACACAGACUUUUGUAACGAUCGAUAAUUUGCUGGUUGUUUUUAAAAGCACUGUUGUUGCUUUUAGUUGUCCAUGAAUCUACCGAAUUCUAUCUUGGAAAAUAUUUUUAUUUACUUGGAUUGGAAUGAGCGUUCUCGUGCAGCCCGUGUAUGUAGGAAGUGGUAUUCUGUAUUUCAGUCUCCCUCUUUAUGGAGGAAUAUUGUGUUUAAACCACCAUCUCGCCGGUUGACUAAGCUCCAAUAUGACCUUAAAGGUUAUCGCCUGUCGUGUUGUCUAAAGGCGAUCGGUUGUCAUAUUCGUAGCUAUAGAUUUUUGAAAAGUGACGAUCUGUUUCUGCUCAACCGAACAUUAAAUCUUGUUGCGAAGUUUCUUGAGUAUAGUACUAAGUUACAAAAGCAACGUGAUGGACUUGAUAGCAGUUUUGCUGAUUUGGAUGACGAUGAAUAUUGCGACCAACCUGAAGUAACAUGUGAUUUAUCAUACUGUAGAAACCCAAAUCGCAAUGUUACGCGUGGAGCAAUUUACGGGCCUACUGGUUUUAUUAUUGAAGGUGAUCCUGAUGCUGAAGCCACUCUAAGGCUUGUAUUGGAACUACAAGAGCAUGACACCGAAAACCGUACAUCCGAUUUAUCUUCUGAUGAUGAUGAAUCUGAACUGUUUGAAGAUUUCGAAAAAUUUACAUUGAACAGAAUGCCUUCUGUUAGUUACCCUCCAUCCCAUCGAUAUCAUAGUAGUAUUCAACGCAGUCAAAGCGCUCACUACCCUUCAACUGUUAAGUCUCUUGUAAUACCUCGAUAUCCUCCCGUUGUUCAUUCCUUUGAACUGGAUUUUAAUGCUGAAGUUGAUGACGUACGUGGUUUUGUUUAUGGUACUGGAGGUGCGUUAUUGACAACAAUUAGCCGGGUGGUACGUCAGUUAAAAGAACUCCGGCGUCUUCGACUAGUUGACCUUUUCCUCGUAUCUGAUGAUGCCAGACGUUUGGUUUGUGAACUGAGCGGUGUUGUUUCGUCAUGUCUAACUGAUCUCAAUCUUGUUCAUUUCCAUAAACUGUCAACUAAUGCAGUGUCAGGAUACCUUCGUGAUCAUGCACCAGACUUCUCCAGUUUAGCCUUAAAUGAACAUCAAAAUGAUAACAAUCCUUCAUGCAGUUAUGAUCUUGAACAUUCUGAUGAUAAAGACUGGUAUCUUUUAGAUUCCCGUUGGCUCAGUGCUCGACCUCUUCGAAUAAUUGAUAAUCCUUUGUGCGAUUUAGCUAAUCUUUUUCCAAAGAUAAUACGUCUUACUUUGAGUCCAACUCAGCUAACCGGUCCAACCCUUCUUCGACUUUUGUAUCAAACUCCGUUAGCAGAAUUAGUUUUAAUUCAGACUGAUUUAACCGUAUUCACCAUACCUCGUUCUGGAAAUCCUCCUCCUAUACAACGAACGGUUUCAUAUGAUUCUGAUGACUUAGGUGUAGGAUUCAACGAAGAUCAUGCUUUUGAUCCCAGUGAUUCCAGUAUGUCGGACCUAAUUGACUGGACUGAAGAUGUCCCACAUAUUCGAAGAUAUCGUACUAACCAAGAGUCAUUUGGAUGGAGGCCUAUACUUACAAAUAUGUGGCGUGCAGCACUUGUCCUUCGUCCACAUUUAAAGGUUCAUUUGAGGCUGCAGUUGGUUGAAGAUUUAACUUGUGCACGUUGGAGAAGCUCUUCAUCAGAAGAUAAAUUAAAUUCAAUACAAAACUUACUUUCAUAUUGGCCUCUACCUCCUGCACCAGUUACCUCAAUCACAUUGAUUAUAAAUGGGGAACCUGCAUUUAUAGCUAAUUUAAUUAGCCCAUGCAAUCCAAUCAAUCCUAUAUCGUAUUUGCAAUCACUUACAUCGUUGAUAAUAGUAUUAGAGCACAUACCAUCCGAACUCAAUCCAUCUAGUACAACCGGACAGGUAAAUAAAUCUAAUGACAAUAAUUAUCCAAGGGGAUUGGAUAGUGUUUUACAAGAUCUGGUUAAAGUUUGUACGCAUCUUACACUAUUAGCCCUUGGUGGGUCUAGUGCGUAUGUGCAUAUUUUAACUUUGCUGGUAAUAUGUCGUCAGAGAAAUCAAAAUAGUUGUAAUAAGAGUGAGUAUAAGCAUAAUCCCUUACAGCUACUUGUUCAAAAGGAAUGUUGCCAGUUGGAUGGUGUGUGUCCGUUGACUGUUCCAGCUACUAUCUCUUCUUGGUAUAGCACUAUGAUGUCUGAAUCAGUAUCAUCUCGAAUGAGGGUAGCGGAAUGUUGCCUUUGUACUGCAUUAGGUCAGCGUCGAUGGCAUUUCUUAACAAAUUCAGAAUUUACUAACCAGCUAAGCAGUUACUUAUUAUAAUUUGUUUACUUAUUUAUUGAAGUUAUGAUUUUGUUAAGUAUGGUUUCCUUUAUUUCCCAACGUGCCUAUUGUUUUGAUCCACUUACUCAUCUCCUGAAUUUUGUUUUCGCUCAUUCAUUGUCUUUCAAACUUUAUUUAACUUCUACUGUUGAUCCAUCUUUGACUGCAAAGGCCAAUACAUAUGAUUGAAACAACAAUAACUGGUAAUACUAAUCUUUAUUUUGCUUUGCCCGUUUCCUUUCUGCUUAGAUAACAAGUGCCUAUUUGCAUUUACUUACUUUUUACCUUGUGAAAUGGUGCCUUUUGUUGGUUGUCUUAAUUGCUACACCGACUUCAAUUUAUAUAUGAUGAAAUAAAAUUUACUACAAUA